CAGAAUCCUCUGCCCUGGCUCAGCCCCACUGCUACUUUGACCUCUCCUGUCACCCGGGAGACAUCAGCCCGAUUUCUGUCCUUUUCGUAUUCGGGACGAGACCCGCCAGGUCGGCUCCACAGCAGGCCAGGCUCCUCUCGGGACCCGCGUGCCCUUCCCGGUGACCUGCAGCCUCUGAGCUCCCAGCUCCCCAUGGCGGCGGCGGCGGCGACGCUGAGCCUGGAGCCCGCGGGCCGCAGCUGCUGGGACGAGCCGCUGAGCAUCGCCGCGCGCGGCCUGGCCCCCGAGCAGCCCGUCACGCUGCGCGCCGCCCUGCGCGACGAGAAAGGCGCGCUCUUCCGCGCCCACGCGCGCUACCGCGCCGACGCCCACGGCCGGCUGGACCUGGCGCGCGCGCCCGCGCUGGGCGGCAGCUUCGCGGGGCUCGAGCCCAUGGGGCUGCUCUGGGCCCUGGAGCCCGAACGGCCUUUCUGGCGCCUGCUCAAGCGCGACGUGCGGACGCCCUUCGUGGUGGAGCUGGAGGUGCUGGACGGCCACGAGCCCGACGGCGGCGGGCGGCUGCUGGCGCGGGCGGUGCACGAGCGUCACUUCAUGGCUCCCGGGGUGCGGCGCGUGCCCGUGCGCGAGGGCCGUGUGCGCGCCACGCUCUUCCUGCCCCCAGGAAAUGGACCCUUUCCUGGGAUUAUAGACAUUUUUGGACUUGGAGGCGGCCUUCUGGAGUAUCGGGCUAGUCUGCUGGCUGGGAAGGGUUUUGCUGUCAUGGCUCUGGCUUAUUAUAAAUACGAUGACCUCCCCAAGAGCUUGAAGAUCCUUCACCUGGAGUACUUUGAGGAAGCUGUGAACUACCUGCUCAGGCACCCUCAGGUCAAGGGACCGGGGAUUGGCCUGCUGGGGACUUCCAAAGGGGCUGAACUCUGCCUCUCCAUGGCCUCUUUCCUGAAAGGAAUCACAGCUGCUGUCAUAAUCAAUGGCUCUAUGGCCAAUGUUGCUGGAACAUUAUACUAUAAGGAUGAGACCCUGCCCCCUUUGGGCAGUAAUCUAAAUCGAAUCAGGGUGACCAAAGAUGGCCUUAAAGAUACUUUGGAUGUUCUGAAUUGCCCUUUAGAAGGACCUGACCAGAAGAGCAUCAUCCCUGUGGAAAGGUCAGACACGGCCUUCCUGUUGAUUGUAGGUCAGGAUGACCAAAACUGGAAGAGUGAGUUCUAUGCCAAUGAGAUCUCCAAACGCUUACAGGUCCAUGGGAAGGAGAAGCCCCAGAUCAUCUGCUACCCAAAAGCAGGGCACUAUAUUGAGCCCCCUUACUUCCCACUGUGCAAGGUGGGCAUGCACGCCUCCUAUAGCAUGCCUGUCAUCUUUGGAGGGGAGCCCAGGGCUCAAGCCAUGGCCCAGGUGGAUGCAUGGCAGAAACUCCAGACUUUCCUCCACAAACAUUUGGGUGGUAAAGAGGCGACAAUCCCAGCAAAACUGUGAUUUUUUUUUUUUGAGUAGUGACAUUUCUGAUCCCUCCUGAGAAGGGCUGCCACUGUUAGGUUGUGUAUGCAUUUUUUUCCCCUUUAAUAAAGUCUUGAAGCUAUCCCCACAAAGGUUUUAUAGACUGUCUUCCUUAUUGGUUGGAGGACAGAGUGAGCGGUUCCUACUUUCUUACGGUGCGGAGGAUGGAACCCAGGGCUUUUGCAUGGUAGGCUAGCACUCUGCCACUGGGCUGUCCCACUCUACCUUAGAGGGCAGCGAUUUGAAAGAAACUUGAGAGGUUGAGAAGCAUGUUUGCUCCCUGGUACAGCAUGCAGCAGGCAACUUCAGUUCCAGGAUGAGAAGUGAGGAACAUGGACCAGCACUGCCUGCGAUAUAAUGCAGUCAAUAACUAUUUGCUAAAGGAUGGUUAAUAAACACAUCUUUGUCUACAAGAAAGCAUAUGCUGUAGCCCCUUGUGUUUGUGGGUUCCACACUGCCGAGUCUACCAUCUGUGGAUUGAACUCAUAUGAAAACAGCACUGUGUCUAUACUGAACGUACAGGGGCCUUUUAGGGCCAUUAAUCCUUAAACUUGUUGUAACUGAAAAGGAACUAUUUGUACAGUGUUUGUGUUCCACUUAGGGACAUAAAUAUGGUGGAUGUGAUCUUAACAUUUUAAAGAUUUUCAGAUUACAUGCCAAUUCCACCCCACUAUAUAUCAAGUACAUGAAUCACUGCAGUUUUGGAGUCCAGGUACCAAUCCCCCAUGAAUGCCAACUAAACAACUGUACUAUCAAAAUCAUUAUAAUAUCUGAUUUGAGUUUCUCUUCUUAGAAUGGAAGUCAUAACACUUUAGUUACAAAUAAUUUACUAGUUAAAUAUAAAACUGAUGAAAUACUUAAAGCUGAUAAACAUCUACUUUUGUGAUAUCUUUUCAAAUGAAUAAGGAGUCUUCUAGCAAAGAAACUAUUUGUGUUCCUGUUAAUACUAUAGUCACACAGCUUUAGUGUUUCAACAGUUAAUUAAAUAUUUAGAUUGGGAGUAUGUGAUUUUUAACAAUGAUAAUUAUAAAAUAUGUAAAAAUGAGACAACCUAUUAUAAAUAGCUCAAUAAACCUACAUGUGUCUUAAGCCCUUAACUGUAUAUAAAAUAAAGUGCCUUAAUUUAUUA